AUGGACACCUUACGACCCUGCUUAUUCUCCUUCUUCUUCUUCUUCUUCUUCUUCCCCUUCACCUUCUUUACACAUACUGCUUUAUCCGUUGUAGAUUGCAAGACGUCGUCGUGCGGUGAAGCCGGACCGAAGGUCCGGUUUCCUUUCCGGCUAAAACGCCGGCAACCCAAGCGUUGUGGCUAUCCAGGGUUCGACCUGUCAUGCAACAACCAGAGCCAAACAGUUCUAACCCUGCCUGACUACGGCGAACUCAUCGUAAAGUGGAUCAAUUAUGAUUUACAAGAGAUACAUAUCAAUACUGACCCAGAUUUUUGCCUUCCAGAAAAGAUUCUGAAGAUCAAUCUAUUGGAUACUCCGUUCAGAGGAGUUAAUUUGAGGAACUACAAGUUUCUCAACUGUUCAUCAGGCUGGUCCGAACACACGACGGUUCACGCCGUGCCAUUGUUUUGCCUAAGUGGUAAUAACUACACUAUUGUUGCUAUGACUCCUUACUGGUAUUCUCUGAAUAACAUGUCAUCGUCGUGUCGGGUUAUAUCCACGGUUUCGGUUCCAGUUUCUCCGUUCACGUCUUAUAUGAACCUCAGUCAGGAUCUUCAGCUGAUGUGGGUUUCACCUAGAUGCUGGAAUUGUGAAGCUGAGGGGAUUUGUGGGUACGACAGUGAUACUGGGAUGGGAAUUGGUUGCUCCAAACCUCCUAGCCAAGGUCUUCCAAGGAGUGCUAAGUAUGGCAUAAUCAUUGGUGUUGGUAUACCUGCCGUUGUAUGCAUUACUGGCUUUGCAUGUUACAUAUGCGGCAUGGUAAGGGACUUUGGUCAGCGCCAUCAUCCAAAUACAGAACUCUCCACCACCACAAUCGCUUCACAGCCAGCAAUCAUCCUCACAGGGCUUGAUGGACCAACUAUAGCUUCUUUUCCAAAGACUCUUCUUGGGGAGAGUCGUCGAUUGCCGAAUCCCAAUGAUGGCACUUGCCCAAUAUGUUUGUCCGAGUACCAACCCAAAGAGACCCUGAGGACUAUACCAGAGUGCAAUCACUAUUUUCAUGCUAGUUGCAUAGAUGAGUGGCUCAGCCUCAAUGCCACAUGCCCUUUAUGCCGGAAUUCGCCAGACAGUAGGUUGGUGGCUACAACUUCUUCAUCAGUCUCGUUUUCAUCGUCGUUGUCUUCUUCUUCUUCUUCCUCCUCAUAGAUUACCAUCGUCGUCUCGAUUUUAUCAGCAACAACAUAUAUAUGUGGUAUUAUAUAAUGAGCUCAAAUUUGACACUCGACACUCGACUUAUGU